AUGCCUCGAGGAGGUCAUAAGGGAGGUCUAUUUCCUGUGAGUGGGAUGAAAUGGGGAAUGAAUGAGAGAGUUAGAAAAAGAGGGUUAUAUCAUAAUAGGAGAGAAGAUAUAUUAACCCCAAGAUGGGGAUAUCGAUAUGAAAACAGGAAUAACAGUUAUUUACCAGAUGGGAGUUCAAAAUCGUUUGAUACAGAUGUAAAUAGAGCUUGGCCAAAUGAAAAGAAUCAAUGGAAUCAUUUCUACACAAUUAAUGAAGGUAGGUAUUUAUGGCCAAGCAUAUGUGCACACAACCCGAAUAUUAAAAAUUACAUUUUAAACAUUUUAGAGAAUAGUGAAAAUAGACCUUUUAGUGGUAUUGGAUUGGAACAAGUCCAAAAUGAAGGAAAAAAAAAAAUAAGAAAUGAACACGCUCUUGGUAGUACUUCCAUUAAUAAUAAUCACAAUGUCGGUGUGUAUGGAAAAAAUACUUAUCUAAGCAAACUAGCUAACGAAUUUAAUAAUUCUAUAUAUCCUACAAUUGAGAUUAAUCUAAAUAAUAGUAUGAAAAGGGGAAAAAUACAAAAAUUAUACGAUAUUGUAAGGGAAGAAAAUAUAUGGAAAACGACGCAAAAAAUAAAAACUGCUCAGAGUGAAAACAUAUUCCCCUAUGUUGAUGACAAUGCAACCCUGAUUAGAGAAUUACCCCUUGCAGAAAUUUUAUACACAAAAAGUAAUUUACGUCUCAAGGUUAGAAGACACCCGAAAUGGAUGAAUGUGCAAUUUCUAAAAAAAAAAAUAAAAAUUCCCUACUUGUACAGGAGAAGAAUUGCACGAGAAGAAUUACAAAAAAAGGAAUUUGGGUCGUUUUUUUAA